GUCCAGUCCGCGCCCACUCCGGGGCGGUCGCCGCCUCCUCUGCGCCGGGGUGCCGGGCGCUGGGCCGGCAGGCAGCGCACACCCUGCAGGCGCCGCGGAGCAGCGAGGUCCCAGGCGGCAGCGCUCGGCGCAGUCCUCGCUCCGGCCGGGCCAUGAAGGUCGAGUUUGCGCCGCUCAACAUCCCGCUGGCGCGGCGGCUGCAGACGGCGGCGGUGCUGCAGUGGGUCCUGUCCUUCCUUCUGCUCGCACAGGUGUGCCUUGGAGUCAUCGUGUUCCUGAUCAUAUACAACUACUGGUUCCUCUACAUCCCUUAUUUGACAUGGCUUUACUUUGACUGGCAAACCCCAGAGCAAGGAGGCAGGAGAUCCGACUGGGUCAGAAGCUGGACCAUUUGGAGGUACUUUAAGGACUAUUUUCCAAUUCAUCUCAUCAAAACUUGGGAUUUGAAUCCAAGUCACAACUACAUAUUUGGGUUUCACCCCCAUGGAGUGCUUGUUGCUGGAGCCUUUGGAAACUUUUGUACAAAUUAUUCAAACUUCAAGGAGCUGUUUCCUGGCCUUACUGCGUAUCUUCAUGUGCUUCCAUUUUGGUUCCGGUGUCCGCUCUUCCGAGAAUAUCUGAUGAGUAGUGGGCCAGUCUCAGUUUCCAGGAGAAGUGUGUGUCACGUGCUCAGCAAGGAAGGAGGUGGAAACAUCUCAGUCAUCGUGCUUGGGGGUGCAGAGGAAUCACUGGAUGCCCAUCCUGGAAAGUUCACUCUGUUCAUCCGCCAGCGGAAGGGAUUUGUGAAAAUUGCUCUGACCCAUGGUGCUUAUUUGGUGCCAGUGUUUUCUUUUGGUGAAAAUGAACUAUUUAAACAAGUUAGCAACCCUGAAGGCUCAUGGCUUCGAACUGUGCAGGAGAAACUACAGAAGAUCAUGGGAUUUGCUUUGCCACUGUUCCACGCCAGAGGAAUUUUUCAAUACAAUUUUGGCCUAAUGCCCUAUAGGAAACCCAUCCACACUGUUGUUGGCCGCCCAAUCGCUGUUCAUCAGACCCUGCACCCGACCCCAGAGCAGGUUGAGGAGUUGCAUCAGACCUAUAUGGAGGAGCUAAGGAAAUUAUUUGAGGAGCACAAAGGGAAGUACGGUAUUCCAGAAAAUGAAACUCUCAUUUUUAGAUAACUGUCCUCUUAGAAGGAUACAAGAGAGCGAGAGAAUAUCCCAUUGAAAGAACAAAUAUUUUAAAUAAAUUAAAUUUUUUCUUUGAUGAAGGAAUCAAAUUUGCAACUGAGAAGUAUUAUGUAUGGUGACAGAAGUUGAUGUUUAUCUAUGGUAACUAAACAUCCAGUGGGUGACUAUAGGGUAAGGUUGGAGAUGAUUAUCAGCCUUUUAAUCGUCUUCCUCAUUUAGGAAGGUAAAAAUUAUUUUACAAGUUAAGAAAAGGUUUAGAAUUAUUCACAUGCAGGACUUCCCUGGUGGCGCAUUGGUUAGGGAUCCACCUGCCAAUGCAGGGGACUCGAGUUCCAGCCCUGGUCUGGGAAGAUCCCACAUGCCGCAGAGCAACUAAACCAGUGCGCCACAACUACUGAGCCUGUGCUCUAGAGCCCACGAGCCACAACUACGGAGCCCGCGAACCACAACUACUAAAGCCUGCGUGCCUAGAGCCCAUGCUCCGCAACAAGAGAAGCCACUGCAAUGAGAAGCCAACGCACCACAGCAAAGAGUAGCCCCUGCUCGCCACAACUAGAGAAAGCCUGUGGGCAGCAAUGAAGACCCAACGCAGCCAAAAAAAACCCCAAAAUUAUCAUGUGCUUAAAAAAAAUGGCAGCUUCAAAAAAAAUAAUUAGACCCCUUUACUAAAUAUUAUGAUAACUUAAUGUGGCGUUUUCACUGAAUAUGACAGCUGUUGUUCAGCACAGCUGGAACAUUUACAAGACAGUGUGUAAAAUAAUUUGCCAUGUGGAACUGGAGGACAUCAUUUUUUUUCUGCUUGAACAGACCAUUUAUUAGUGAAUAAUGUUAUUUUUAAGACUUAGAUAAUUUGAUCCUUUAGGUCAUAUCAACCAACGCCUUUUUAUACAAUAUUGCAGAAUUUUAAUGCCAUUUUGGAGACAGGAUGAAUCUACCAUAUGGAAACCCAUGUGGAUGAGAGCAUGUCUUCUCUUUUCUAAUUAUGCUUAGAAAUAUUCAUUGUUGCCGUUUGCUUAGAAAUAUGUUCAUUUGCUACAGGUAAGGAGGUCUUUUGGAAGACAUGCUUUGGACGGGUUUUAAGACAUUGAAAUUCCAAAAGGUUUUCACAGUAAAAGCAGGGGUUUUAAUUGUCUUCCAAUAUGGCCUCUUCGAGUAAGAUGAGCUCUGAGAGACAGCGCCCUCUCUGGUGAGAUGUGACCAGUUCACCGUUGACUUGGGUUAUAUGAUUCUCCCUAAACCAGAAUGUCAGGUCCGAGAGAGCGGGAUCCUUGUCCUUCCUGUUCGUGGAUGUCUCCUUAGCGCCUGGGUCAGCUCAUGAUACAUAGUAGGCACGAAAUAAGUACUUGUUGAGUGGGUGCAUGAAAUAAGUACUUGUUGAAUGGGUGCGUGAAAUAAGUACUUGUUGAAUGGGUGCAUGAAAUAAGUACUUGUUGAAUGGUUGUAUUUCUAGGUGAACACGCAAACCUUGCCAUAGGUAAAGAAUUUUUUAAAGCUGUACCAUAGUAUGAAACCUAUUCUAAGAAAAGACGUACUUUCCGAAGGAGAUAAUGUAUGUCUGAUUGUCCCGUGCCAGUAAUUGACAAUAUUGCUGGCUAGUUUGUAAGGAGCAAGUUGAGGAGGUUUCUGAGAAUUAGUCACUAAGCAUUAAGUAAUUAUCCAAUAAGUAAGAAGAAUAUCUAGUUUCCAGGUGAUCUCCACUGCCACGUGUCUUUCUAUAUCUCCUCCACGCUCAGUAUUUGGGGGCAGCUUAUAUUGAGUUGUUCUAACUUAUUGUUAAUACGUGUUAAAACCCCUAAUUUUUAAAACAUCAGGCCCUGGGCUAGAGCCUGGAUUGGGUGUAGCAACAGCAAAACACAAUCAUGCUGGGUAAUGCUGUGAGUAGGAAAGCAUUUCACACACAAAAAAGGGAACCAUCUCAAUUGUUCUAUAGAAGACUUUUAGGCCAGCAUCCCUUUGGCUUCAUAUGGUUGAGCAGUCCAGGAGGCCACUGACCCAAGGCCUUAAAAUUAGAUCAGUUUUUUUGUCAAAGCAAGGAAUAGGGCACAUCCUAUUUUAUUCUCUCUCUCUUUUUUUUUUUUCUGACCUCUCCUUGUGGCUUGCGAGAUCUUAGCUCCCCAACCAGGGGUUGAACCUGGCCUCUGGCAGUGAAAGCGCCAAGUCCUAACCGCUGGACCUCCAGAGAAUUCCCAGGACACAUCCUAUUUUAAUAGAUGCGGAUAAUUUGAUGAUAAAUCCUUUUUGGUAUUACUCAAUACCAAACAAAUGGAAAAGGAGCACCAUUUACAUAAAACUAUACCCUAGCUGGUCAGGGGUAAGUCUUUCUGAGCAGAGCUGUGAGGCCCAAGUAACCACAACAACUAAAGGCCUUUAAGUAUUAUAAAAUCCAUGAACUUCAUUCCUUUGGAGAAGUUUAUGAAAAUCUCAUGACACAGUCUUUUGCGAUCUCACAAGGUAUGAAUUUUAAUCUCACACUCAGUAAUGAGGGGGCCAAGAUGACCACCAACCUCCACUGGAUUGUCUAGUAAGCAGUUAAAGCCCAUGUGUGGAAAGCAGAGGCCCUGAAAAAUGGGAAAAGUUCUGCUCUGAUGAAUUUAUUUAGAAUUAUGCCAUUUAAAAAAUCUAGACAUCAGCAACUUUAAUUUUGGCAUACAUAAAAUCUGAUUUUUAGGUACGUAUUAGGGAGUUGAUCUCCAGAGUCUUAAUCUAGCAAAGCCAGAAGUCCUUUCAUAAACUCAAAGCAUAAUUGUAAGUUCCAUACAGUCCUACAGACUGCAAAUGAAUAUAUAUAUAUUUUUUAAAUAAAUUUAUUUAUUUAUUUAUUUAUUUUUGGCUGUGUUGGGUCUUUGUUGCUGCGCGGGCUUUCUCUAGUUGCGGUGAGCGGGGGCUACUCUUCGUUGUGGUGCGCGGGCUUCUCAUUGCGGUGGCUUCUCUUGUUGCGGAGCACGGGCUCUCGGCGCGUGGGCUCAGUAGUUGUGGCUUGCGGGCUCUAGAGCGCAGGCUCAGUAGUCUUGGCUCCUGGGCUUAGUUGCUCCACGGCAUGUGGGAUCUUCCUGGGCCAGGGCUCGAACCCGUGUCCCCUGCAUUGGCAGGCGGAUUCUUAACCAUUGCGCCACCAGGGAAGCCCGCAAAUGAAUAUUUUGAUAGGAAUUUUUGCUACAACACAAACGUGAGCCAUAUAUUGUAUUCACUAGUAUGGUUGGAUGGAGAUCUCCUCAACUUUAAAGCUUCUCAUCUAAUAUAUAAUUGCAUGUAAAAUUUAAACAGCAAAACAAAAUAACAAGAACAACAACAACAACAAAAAUAACCCCAGAACACCGGAAGAGAAACUGGGCAUAUUGCCUUAAGAAAAUGUGCAUUUAUGCUAUUUGAUUUGGACAUUUCUUUCUCCUGUUUCCUUUGCACACCAGGUGCAGGCUGAGUCAUUUCCUUUGUCUUGCAGCUAGAAGUAUUGAAAUUGUCCCUACCCAGCUAGGUCUAUGAUGUUCACAUUGAAGUUUGCAGCUUUGGUGCUUAUGAAAGCCAGCCAGUUUUGCUCUGUCUCAAGGGGAACCAGGGCAAGGGAUGCUGUGUGAUUUAUGCAAACCCUUCACCAUGACUGUGAAAACAGUCAAAGUCUGUAUAAAUCAGGGGUGAUGAGUGAGCCUUUAUUAUUUGUGUAGGGUUAAAAGUAAAAUCCCUACUUCCAGUAGAAGGUACAUUUCUGUCAAGGGAAGCACAGGAGGUGGAAUCUAGAUUCAGUGCCCUUACUUCUGUAACUUUGCAUCUCUUCCAAACUACCUCACUGGUGCAGAUUGCCAAAUUUGUGAUAAAUCUGAAAACAUGUUUGUGGUGCAUUAUCUUUGUCUUCUUUUCCUCUGAAACAGGAGAAAAUGUUGAUGGGAUCUGUCGGUUGGUUGGUUUUUUCCAAUAGCCCAAGUUUGCUAGUUCUCAUAUAUAUAUGUAUUUUUUCUAAGCUAGGUGAUAAAAUGUCUAUUUGUGGGGCUGGGAAAGUUCCUUCUAGUAGAAUUUGUAUAUGUUUUUAAAGGAGAAAAACAAGGCAGUGUCGAAAUAACCAAGUAGUUGCUCCUGUUUCUCUAGGAUGGUAAACACAGAAGCAGUUCUUUAUAUUUAAAACAAAGGGAUUUCUCUAAUGCCUUGUAUUGGGUUGACCAAAAAGUUUGUUCCAGAUUUCGGUGUCACGAGACCCCGAACGAACUUUUUGGCCAACCCAAUAUUUUAGUUAUUUUAAUUAAUCCUUCCCAAACACCAUCAGCUUAGUGCCUUAAUAUCUUAUAUGAGAAGAAGAAAUUUUAUCUCAAUCCAUAGAUAACCCAUGGGGUGAUGAGUUCCUCGGUGGCAGAAUCUGUGCCUUGCGUAUGUUUCGAUCGUGGCCCAAAGAGAGCAGACUUCUGCCAUCUCUCUGUGAAUGCUUGAGGCAUUGACCUGGAAGUUUGAUGGAUGGUGCUGUGGAAGCCCAGUUUUAGAGCUCGAAGGGGCUUCAUAGUCUGUCAGUUAUUCCUUCUGCAGAUGAAGCAGUUGAACCCCAGUGAGGUUUAAUACGCAUUGGAACUGAGCCCAUGUUCUCGAUUGAACAGGAGGUACUGCUAUUCUGUGACUGUUGAUGAAUAAACCCAGGAAUCCUCCUAUAAAGCAAAAGCGUCAAAGAAGUAGAGUACGAUUAAAAAUACACUUAAGGCAAGGAAUUUAACAACUCUGCAGCAAGCUCUGUCUUACUGGUAUUAAGAACAUUUUUCUUUCUUGAGAUCAGUACACCGCAUUGUUGACUUUUCCUUUUUGCAAGAGCUAUUUUGGUGAUGUGUCCUGGGCAAAGCCCAAGUUUCCAACAGCAGGCUUAGCCACUGGAGCCUUACGUAUUGGAGCAGCAGGAUGGGGCAAGCUGCCUCAGGCCCAGGAUGGGUGACAGAGCCUGCAAACAUCUUCCCUCUCAGCUGUGUUGUGAUCGUUAAUGCAGCCAAAGCAACCCCACUACUCAGACAGAGGUGCAAGCAGAGCUUCUAUCACCUCACAGUCAUCUCCAAGCCCCAGUCCAUUUUGGCUUCAGCCUCUUCCAGCUGACUUGUCACAGCUGCUUUUUUUUUUUUUUUUUUUUAAAUAGCUCUUAGAUUCUGGUUAAGAAUUAUCUUAGGCUCUCUUGAGAAUAAAGAUAAAUCCGACCUUCCUUGUAUUUCCAAAGGAAUCGGGAAUUGGCGUGAUUCUCUCCUAUUUCAUUUCCAAACCAACUUGGAGCUUAAGGUCUUGCUGGUUGGAUUUCAAUCCCUCUUUUAUGGGGAUGCAGUCAUGUUGAGACAACCAGAGAAAGUAACUAUCCCAUUCUUUUCUGCUCCCCAGGCUUCUAUGUUCAAAUCAUCCUUUAGCCUCUGGCCUUCCACUAAGUGGCUAUGUGACCUGGGCUCAGUGGCUUCCUAUGUAAAUAGAGUUAGGAGUGAAUGAUCUCCGAGGUUCCUUCUGGCUCUAUCUCUGUGGUCUCUCCCUGGCCUUUUUUCUGUCAUUGUGAUGACAUCUAGUUGGAGACGCAGAUUUAUGUGAUGACUUUUCCUUUUCCUGUACCGUCCUCAUUUGAUUGUGUUCCUACAAGACAUGCAGUGAGUUCAAACGAUUGUCUCACUUUCUUGUUAUUUAUAAAACACAGAUUGCUACUGAAAUUUCUUCACAGUGACCUUUCAUCAUGGUGUUUUUAAGAAAUAAUUUAAAUCUCUAAGUAAAAAUCAGAGAAAUUUAUCUCUGAGGCUUCCUUCUUUAUAUCAUUCAAAACUAGGGCAUAACAGUUUAUUACCUGUUAAACUCUUUAUAGGAGAUGGUGAAUUUUUAUAUUUUCUUUAUUGGGUGUGUGGCUGUGUGCUUUUUAAAAGCUCUCGGUUUGUAAAGUUUUGACCAAUAAAUGUGUUU